AUGCGGGGCUGCCUGAGUGCUGGGGCUCGCUGUGGGGCAGGAGCAGUGCUGGGGAAACACCUGGGUGAGAUUGGCGCCCUGCAAAAGCGCCGUCCCGGGGAAAGUCCCAACGAGGGUCGGGUGGGUGGGGAGGCUGGAGCGCUUGCAGGUCGUGCGGAGGUGUGGGGCAGAUGGGGAAGCAUCGAGCCCGAACGGGAGCCGGUGGUGGUGCUGGGAGUCCCAGCCCUGCGAGCUGGCCUCCGCAGGAAUGGCCGGGUCCCGCGGGUGCUGGUAGGGGAAGGAGGGCGAAACGCCGCUGCCGCCCCACGCGCGCAGUGUCGGCCGGCGCUCGGCGCGCAAAGCGCGGAACGGCAGCGCCGGCACCGCACGGGUGCGCAGCAGCGCCGCCGCCUCCGCUGCUGCCGCCUUGUGGCCAAAGUUCGGUACGGCAGCCCGGCGUUCGCGCGGCGGCUGUGGCCCCUUCGGCGCGCCGUCGGCGGCCGGCGCAUGCGCGGUCUCAGGGAGCAGCGUGUCGGCGCCCAGGGCGCGGGUCUCGGCGGCAGCGGGCGAGCGCCGGGACUGCGGGUGGAUGUCAGCUGCCACCAUUUCACCGUGGUUGCCCUUUCUUCUGCCGUGAAAGUACAAGACAGAUGGAAAGAUUCCGUAGUGGUCUGCAAGUACAAGCUUUAUUCACCAAACAAGUAAGAUGCAAAGCAGCAGCAGCAGCGCAAGGGCUGUAGCUGUUGCGGUGGGCCCGUAAGCGUAGAUUCUGAUUGGGUAUGACCUCGUCCCGCAGCCUCCCGGGGUUCUCUCCCUGCAGCAGUGGUGUAAGGAAGGGAGGAGAUGUCUUCCAACGCCGGCAAGAGUGUUUACUUGUAUGCUAAGAAGGUGUUCAAAAUGGUAUCAAUUAGCCUAAAUGCUGAUUUUAAGGGUUCAAAUCACUCUUAACUUUUAAAGGAGGUGGUGUAUUUCGAGCUGACCUGUUUACCUGGAAUCCUCCUUUAGCUCAGCGACUCUUCUCGGGCACCCCCAGCCUCCGCUGGCAGGGCGGUAUGAGAAGCUGGAAGGUCCUUGACUUAGUAUAAACACCGCUUAGCAACA